AUGGCCUUUCUGGGCCUAAGCGCCGUGAUACUUCAAGCCCUUUGUCGUGCCUCUUGGACUUUACCGGCGUCUCCAGCCUCGCAACUGCUGCAAGCCGCCUGCCUCAGUCUUCCCAUCGCCCACCUGGCUUUGACACUGUGGGAACAAGCUCCCAAAGCAGCCGAGCACCAAACCACUUCUCAGACUGCGGAGCCGGAGCUUAAAAGCGAACGUGGCACAAGUGUGGGCUUCGAUGGCUCUGGGACGGUAUCGCAAAGCAGCAGCGAACCAGAUUCUAACCGCCCGUUGCGUCGAAACAGUGUCUCGGCAGAAACCGGUGGGAACGUCAACCUCAGCGUAAAUAAGCUCCUGAUGAAGCAACACCACCACAUUGAGAUGCUUCAAACACAGCUAAAGCAAGCUGAGACGCAUGAGGCGCGUGUGCGAGAGUUGCAGGACCAAGUGCAAGAGCAACACCAGCUGCGCGAGCGCCUCAAGACUUUGCAAGCCAAGUUUGAUAAGCUAACGACACGGGCUACCUCGCUCGAGGAUGCUAAUGAUGGACUCAGGAGAGACAAUGCUCAGCUUCGUCAGCGGCAGCAACAGCUCACAGAGGAACUUUCCGAAGCGCAGGAGCAGCUUGGCUCUCCUCGACAAACAGCUUCGCCCAAACCUGAUUUAGACGCAGCAGAAGAGGCAUCAUCAGCCGCCAAUGCUACGGGCCCCACAGAGCUCAACCCAGCAGCUUCUGCUGGUACUCCUGACCCUACUCUGGAGGGCCCCGUGACUCCCACGACCAAGCGAGAUAAUGUCGAUCGUCUGAAAGCGCGCUUGAACAAAAAGUAUCAAGAGCUUGAACAAAUCAGCCACCAGCUACAAGCUACACGCAAUAAACUAGAGCGCGCAGAACAGCGGCAGCAGCAGACUGAAUAUGAGCAUCGCUAUCUUUUGCAGGCCCACGCAGACUUGCAACUGCAGCUAACCCAACACAGCAUGCUCAUUGCGGAGCUCAAGGACAGUUUGCUGGAGGAACAAGGGGAGCGUCAGCAACUGGAAAUGCAGCUGGCCCACAUGGAACUGCACUAUACCCAAGCCAGCGAGGAAGACAGCCUCCUCUCCAUGGUCUUUGACUCGGUGGGUGAGCUCGAGACGCAGCCACUAUAUGGCGAACUGGAACCUGAUACGGACUCGCUCUUUGCACCUGCCACUGCCUCGCGGCUCCCAUAUCCGGAAGACGAUGCCUGGAAGCCUUUCUGA